CGCAGAGGUGGUUAAGUUGAUAGCCAGGAGGCCGGCGUGUGUUUUCUUCAUCGACAAACCAAUUUGUGCUAUAAGCUUAUCGGCUGAAUCUUGGUUGUUGAAACAAAUAGAAUUAUUAAGUCGUACAGACUUUCGUGUCGUAAACUCAUCACGAUGGCGUUAGAUAUUGACGUGCGCCUUUUCUCGUCGAGGCCCUCUAGCAACCUGAAUUUACGUGAAAGCCCGCAGGCGACUAAGAUCGUCAUGUCACCUGGUGAAACAAUUACUACGGAUGGUGGUUACAUGAGAGGUCAUGGAACGUAUCUCGAAGAAGAAAGCGGUCUUCUGUCAGCUGUUGCCGGCGUGGUCGAGAAAGUAAAUAAACUAAUUACGGUUCGUCCGUUGAAGACACGGUACAAUCCGGAAGUUGGCGACGUCGUCGUGGGACGAAUCGUGCAGGUGUGUCAGAAACUGUGGAAGGUUGACGUUGGUGCCCGUCUUCACGCGGCAUUACAUCUUCACUCAGUUAACCUUCCCGGGGGAGAGCUUCGAAGAAAGUCAAUAGAAGACGAAUUGAUGAUGAGCCAAUAUUUCAUCGAUGGAGAUCUUGUGUCUGCUGAGGUUCAAAACGUGGGCGUUGAUGGCGCCGUGUCACUUCAUACGCGAAACCUAAAGUAUGGCAAACUUGGUCAAGGAGCUCUUGUCACGGUCUCGCCGUCAUUAAUCAAACGAUGCAAGACUCAUCUUCAUAAUUUGGCAAACGGAGUUCAUCUUAUUAUCGGUCUUAAUGGCUUUAUUUGGGUGACCCCCGAUACGGAAGUUGACUCAUCUAAGUUCACCCAGAACCACGAGCAGGUAGCAUUUCCUCUUCGAGAGGCAAUCUGCCGAACUCGGAAUGUUAUUCUUUGUUUAGCAAUACACAAUAUCAUGCUGUACGAUACAUCGAUUGUUCAUGCGUACGACAUCUCACGCGAAUACUCGAUAGCACAGCUUUUGAAACCUGAAGUGCAACUGGAAGUUGCCCAGCUCACCCGACAUAAAAUUCAGAUGGAAAUAUCCUAACAAUGUAUGCGCUGUCACAUAUAGA